AAUGGAUUUUCAGCACGGUCACCGACUCUAUGGUUGGCCGUGUGAUCAACUCAGCCACGACUGCUCGUGAAGCCUGGGUUCAGAUCGAGAAAAUCUAUCUGAGUAACAAACAAGCCCGCGCUGCGGCUUUAGAAACAAUCUUCGUGAAUCUGACUCUGGCUGCCUGUUCAUCACUGGACGAUUACUGCACCCGCCUGCAGGAUCUCGCUAACCAGUUGGCCGAUGUUGACCAACCCAUUGCCGAAUCCCGGCUGGUUCUCCAACUCGUUCGCGGGUUACCAGCCGAAUACGACACAUGCUGACUGGGACACGGCACGGACCAUGCUCAACGAUGAAAAGAUCCGUGUUGAAGCCCGUCAGCAACAACAAUCAUCCGUCCUCGCUGCUGCCUCUGUGCCUUCGAACGCCCCAUCUCAGCCGCACCCUUCAACCAAUCCGACCUACUACUCUAAUAGGGGUAGGGGUUGUGGUCGGGGACAAGGAUUUCGGUCUUACCGGGGUGGCCGCGGACGUGGAGGCGGCACCCGCCCUUCACAGUCAAACACAUAUAACCAAAACAAUCCCACUCACUUUUCCAACACUUACCCUCCUUGGGCUUGGUGGAACAUUCCGCCAUGUCCCUACCCGACCCAACCCAACUACAGGCCCAAUAACCCUCCACAAAACCCACCUGCCCCUAACACUCCAUCGGCCCACUAUGCAACCCAAUACCCGCCUCCUGGCUUUGAUCCAUUUAAUGCAGCAGCCUACGGCCCAAAUGAUCAGCAGACCGGCCCACCACAGGUUUCCUCAGAACCGCAACCUGGCCCAGCCGCAUCACAGCCUGCUCAUGCUUCCAUUGCACAGGGGUUCUAUAAUCCAGCCGGUUCUGCGCAAGAGUUUGAUGCUUUGAAUCCUUCGGACCUCGGUGCAGCGUUCACCACUAUGGUGCUCAACGAACCAGAACCCACCUGGACCAUGGACACAGGUGCCACUGAGCAUCUCACUACUCACCAAGGACCUUACAACUGGCGACCACCUUUCGCGCCAUAACAGCACAGGGGACCUCUACACAUUUACCGCACCAGAGCCUUCCGCUUGUCUCAUUACUUCUCAGUCUUUCC